AAUUGAUCCACUCCUUCAUUGUCUCUUCAUUUAUCACCACAACUGAUGCCAAACCCAAUGACUUUGGUUCAAAUGUCAUAAUUUCCUCAAAUGUUUGGCAAAAAUAUCGCAAACCUUAUUGUGUUUAUUGUAUUAUAGAUAAGACCAAGAAAUGUCAUUUAAGGUUCACAAGAACUCGUCCUCAAUAGAUAGUGACUCAGAUGAUGGUCGGUUAGCCUCAUUAGAUGCGCUCCGUUUUGCCUUAAGUACAGCCCCUUUCUUCAGACGCAUCCAUAAUAUUGAAAGACUUGAUUCCGACUCUGUCCGUGACUUGUGGACGCCGCCCGACAAAUGUGCCAUUAAUGUCAAUAAUGUCUGCUUUGCUUAUAACAAACAACUAGUUCUCGACAAUGUCAACCUCCAGGUGCCUAAAGGGCGCAUCUAUGCACUUCUUGGCUCGACUAGUAGUGGGAAAACAACUUUAUUGAAAUGUCUGAUCGGACGUCUGCGACCUCAAAGUGGACACAUUCGUGUGUUUGGCACAAAUGUGUGCAACAGUCGUGUGCCGGGAAUUGGUGUCGGAUAUAUGCCUCAAGGGAUAGCCCUACACAACGAACUGACAAUUAAUGAAACUCUCGAAUAUUACGGUAACUUAUAUUGUGUGCCAAUGGCUCUCAUCAAUCAAAGAAUCAACUUUUUAUUAUCGCUUUUCAAUCUUCCGGACGAAAAGAAACUCAUCAGAAAUCUUACUGAUAAUCAUCGAUGGCGUAUAUCAUUGGCUGUUUCGUUGAUUCAUUCGCCACCUCUUCUUCUGCUUGAUGAGCCCACUGUUAAUGUGGAUCCACUUAUCAGACUAUCCAUUUGGGAUCAUCUUAACUGUCUUUGCAGAGAAGAAGGCUUAACUGUAUUUAUAACAACCCAUUAUAUGGAAGAAGCAGACGGUGCUUACAAAAUAGGUCUUAUGAGAGACGGAAGGAUUUUAGCUGAAGAUAAGCCAAACGCACUGUUUCUCAGAUUUAAUACAAAUACUUUUGAUAAGUUGUAUCUAAAGCUCUGCCAAAUCGAUAAUGAUUUCAAACAAUUACAGCCAAACUUUGUUAUUGAAGACUUUGAAAGUACAACUUUACCAAUAGCUGACUGGCCAUUGUGUGAGCGCCGACUCACGGCAAUGAACAGUCAAUUAAUAAACUUUAAUUUUUUACGAUUCUUUGCAUCGAUUAAGAAGAAUGUGUAUGUGAUUCGCGGAAAUCUCUUUCUUAUGUUAUUCUUCUUUAUGUUUCCAUCGCUUCAAAUAAUUUUAUUUUGUUUAUCAAUUGGCAAUCAAAUGCGUGAUUUACCGAUUGCCACUUAUAAUUCGGACAAAUUUGAUCAUUUGAGUCGUCAGUUUCUUAGAUUCAUUGAUAACGAAUUCAUUCGACAAUAUGAAUAUUCAUCAAUCGAUUCGGCCAUCAAUUCAGUGGUCAGAGGACAUGUUUGGACAGCUAUUGAAAUACCCGAUAAUUUUUCACAAAUGAUUGAAACAAAAUACAUUCAUUUUAACAGUUCUACAAAUUUAACGAUUCAAGAUUUUAGUACAACUCAUAUCAAACUCUAUACUGACUUAUCAAAUGCUCUUAUCGGACAACUAUUGAUUCAUUCGCUUAUUAAAAGUGUCAGAGAUUUCUUGUCCACUAUAAGUGAUAAAUAUAUCGCCAAAUAUUCUUCACCAAUAGUUAUCGACCAAAUAAUAUACGGUUCAGAAAAUCCCACAUUUAAAGAGUUUUUAGCUCCCGGUUAUGUUGUGGCCAUUGUUUUCGUAUCGCCAAUGCUUUUGACUGCUUAUCUGUUGAUUAAGGAUCAGAUGAAUGGUUUGCUUGAGAGAUGUUUAUCAACGGGCACUUCAGGCUUUGAAGUCCUUUUGUCUCAUUUUAUAACACAAUUGAAACUUCUUGUAAUCCAAGAGCUGUUAGUACUGAGUGUCACUUUUGUCAUCUACAAAGUGCCAAUGAGAGGACCAGUUAUGCCUUUAUUAGUAUUGGUUUAUUUGCAAGGAGUGGUUGGCAUAUCAUUUGGACUUCUCAUAUCUGCCAUUUGUCCGAAUGCUAUCUCUGCUAUACUUUUAACUUCUGGAACCGUAAUUCCCGGUGUUUUCUUAAGUGGCAUAACGUGGCCAAUAGAGGCAAUGCCACGACCAUUAGCUAUGCUAAGUAAAGCACUUCCACUGACACUACCAAUUGAGUCGAUGCGCUGUAUUAUUAGUCGCGGAACAAAUGUCUUUAGUCUUAAAGUAUUGAUUGGUUUUAUUAUUUCUUGUGGUUAUUCUCUAUUAAUAACUUUAUUCGCGAUUUUCAUAUUUAAAUGGAGAACGAGUUCGUAAAACAUUGUUAUUUAAAUCAAUAUUUUAAACAACGGUUUAUUUAU